GGAAGGGAAGGCUGGAGGCGGGGAGGAGGGGCUGGGCUGGGCUUUUUAGGCAGCGCUUCCACUUCCUGGCCCCGCGAGUGCAGCGCGGUCCCGCAGUAGCAGCUGCCUCCUGCUGAGCCCGCACCCGCGGCACUAGCCCUGCUGCAGCCCCGGCUGAGGCUCCCGGGCGCCGGCCAGCGGAACGGUUCCCUCCCCGCGCCCUAGCGCGGCGGCUCGGCAUGGUGGUGCAGCAGCUGCUGCGGGCCGUGAUCAUGGGCCCGCCGGGCUCCGGCAAGGGCACCGUGUCCUCCCGCAUCGUCAAGCGCUUCGCCCUGAAGCACCUCUCCAGCGGGGACCUGCUCCGGGACCACCUGCAGAGAAGGACAGAGGUCGGUGUCAUUGCCAAGACCUACAUCGAUCAAGGGCAGCUUAUUCCAGAUGACCUCAUGACACGGCUGAUGUUGAAUGAGCUGAAAAAUCUACACCGGUACCACUGGCUGCUGGAUGGUUUUCCCAGAACAGUUCCACAGGCAGAGGCUCUGGAUGAAACAUGUCAGAUAGAUACUGUGAUUAACUUGGAUGUGCCAUUUGAGACCAUUAAACAACGGCUCACUGCACGCUGGAUCCAUCCUGCUAGUGGCAGAGUCUACAAUCUUGAAUUCAAUCCUCCCAAAGAUGUUGGCCUUGAUGAUAUUACCAGAGAGCCACUUGUUCAGCGUGAUGAUGAUAAGCCAGAGACUGUUACCAAGAGACUGAAGGCUUAUGAGGCACAGACAAAGCCUGUUCUGGACUAUUACCGGAAGAAAGGUGUACUGGAAUCUUUCUCUGGAACAGAAACCAACAAGAUCUGGCCAAUGGUGCAUGCUUUCCUCCAAACCAAAUUACCAGAAGUGAGCCAGGAGGAAGCUGCCCCACACAGAUGAAGUUGGAUCUUUAUUGAUAAGCACAAGCUACCGGCUGUCUCCAUUUUCAGAGUGAUUCUGUCCAGAAUGUUAGAAACUUGCAAACAUUCAUGGUUUUGUUUUACUGUUUUAUAUGCCAAAUGGAUCAGUAGCUAAGACUGAAUUUCAAACUGUCACCCCUCAGCUUUUCAACUUUGUGCAUUCAGAUUUCACUUCUCUAAUUUUAAAGCUGUAUUUUUAUAUUAAAUUUACCUAAUUCUUGUAAAAUAGUGACUAAUUGUAAUAAAAGCAACUAAAGUUUUAUGUCUGCAUUUGCCAAAAAAAGUCAGUGUCCUUUUUCUGAAACGCUUAGGUGGAUUUUUAGAAAAAUGAAUUUGAGUAAAGGCACACUUUUUUUCUCAACAUGCAUUAAGCAAGAUGGCUUAUAAAAACUCAUGAGCAGAAGUGUUCAAAAUUCACAUUACAGCAAGUGUCACAACUGCUCAUGCUUACCAAGCACCUUUCAGCAAAUGUAGAACAAUGCAUAUUUAUACUGUACUUACUAUACUGUGGAAAAGAUGCCUUUAGCUAGAUACUGUGGAUACCAAAGUCAUGUAGCGAAAGUGGUGUAGCUGGAGGCUGAGUAAGGAAAACAAUAACUUUCUCACAGUCGGUUACGGUUCAAACUCCUGUACUUGUUCGUAGGAUUAGGUUGUCUUGAUAGCCCCACUCUUCCGAACUGGAUCAUUGUCACAAUGUAAAUCACACAGUGAAAAUUUGAAGAUCCUAGUAUCAGUGGGGUUACUGGUAACAGUAACCCAAUGCACCAUUCUGCCCCCAUGGAA